AUGUCGGACGAGACGAUCGAGGUCGGGCCCAAGGGCAAAUCGCCGUCCCACGGCCCUGGGGCCGACGAUGGCGCCAAAUUGACCAUGGUGGCCUCCAGUGGCGAGGUCACCCAAGGCGAGGGCGAGGUUGAGACGGGGCAAGUGCAUCGCGUCGAGGAGAAAUACUACAGCAAGAUCUCCGUGUAUUUGAUGAUGCUGUUUGCCGGCCUUGCCGUCGGGUCAGAUGGAUACAAUGCUUCUGUCAUCGGCAACGUCGAGCUCCUCUUCGCCGUGCUCUACCCCGACGCGUUGACCAACUCCAUGUAUUCUCGGCUCUCCAACGCCUUCCUGGUGGGUAUGAUCGUUGGCAUGUUGGCCUUUGGGUUCGUCGCCGACCAGCUGGGGCGCAAGACCGGGGCGGUGGCCACCACGGCCCUCCUCGUGCUCGGCAUCGUGUUGAGCACUGCCGCCAAUGGCACUUCUCCAACAGGGCUCAUGUGGAUGCUGAUCGUGGCUCGAGGCGUGGCCGGGGUGGGUGCGGGAGGAGAGUAUCCUGUAUCUUUCGCCGGUGCAUUGGAGGCGUCAGACGAAGGCGCGCAAUACCGCAAGACGCGAGGGUUCAUGUUCGCCCUGGUAGGCGAUCUGUCGGCGUCGCUGGGCUACUGCUUUGGCGCGCUGGUGCCGCUCCUGCUGCUGCUGUGCGUGCAUCAGAAACAAGACAAGUAUGAGCUGGUGUGGCGGCUGUCGUUUGCCCUGGGCCUGAUCCCGCCGCUGUCCAUCUUCUGGUUUCGCAUGCGCAUGACCGUGUCGACCGCGUACCGCAAGUCGAGUCUGCGCAAGCAGAAGAUCCCCUACCAUCUGAUCGGCAAGCGAUACUGGCGACGUCUCCUCGGCGGCUCUGCCACCUGGUUUCUCUACAACUGGAUCAGCAUCCCCUUUGGCAUCUUCAGCUCCACUAUCGUGUCCCGCGUCAACCCGUCCAACUCGUUGGUCAAGACCCUGGGCUGGGGCGUCAUCAUCAACGCCUUCUACAUCCCGGGCCCGUUCAUCGGCGGCCUGCUGUCCGACCGCAUCGGAAGACGCAAAACCAUGGCCCUGGGCUUUGCCCUGCAGGGGAUCCUGGGGUUUAUCCUCGGUGGCGCCAACAAGCCCAUCCAGCGCGUCUUUCCUUUGUUCGUCGUCAUGUACGGCAUCUUUUUGACUUUGGGAGAAGUCGGCCCUGGGAGCACCGUUGCCAUCACUGCCUCCGAGCCAUUUCCUACCUCGAUCCGAGGCCACACCACCGGCUUCAUUGCCGCUUGGUCCAAAGCGGGCGCUGCCAUUGGAACCCAGGUCUUCACCGCCAUUCUGAACGCGUACAGCGACGAUCCAGAGAAAGGAAACCAAGUGGCCUUCUUGAUCGGAUCUUCGUUCGCCAUUCUCGGUGCCCUCCUGGCCUUCUUCCUGCUGCAGGAUGCCGACAAGCAUUUAGACAGCGAGGACGAUAAAUGGAAAGUCUACCUGCACGAGCAUGGCUGGAAAGCCGAAUGGGGUGAUGAUGAGACCAGGGAUCCGGCGGGGGUGUUCAAACACCCACUGACUCGGACUUCUUGA